GAUAUCAACAUUCUCAGUGAGUAAUGUACUCACGCCUCGAAUUUCCACUGACUCCUGCGACAGUGAUGUAUGCCAUGUGCAAUUUGCACGACGUUACAUGGGGUACCAAAGGUGAUAACGGCGCCGUGAAAGACCUCGGCGGUGCCAAGAAGCUCAAGGACGCCAGCGGCAAGGAGGUCAUGGAGGUGGAGCUACCGACCGAACGCGAGGACGUUGACCAGGUCUGGAAUGCCUCGCGUCAGGCCCUCUCGCAGAGGCCUCCCGAAGAGAAAGAGCAUCGCGACGCCGCCACCAAGCAGGCUGACCGCGACCGGAAUAGCAGAACCAACGUCGUCCUCGCAUGGGUCGGAACUAACAUGUUCAUGAUUCUCGUGUUUACUUCCACCGCAUUCAUCAACUGGGUCAACAGGCACGUUGCGACCACCGACAACGCAACUUUCAAUCCGUACCUCUCAUUCCUGCUCUUUGCUAUGUAUGUACUUCUUCCGCCAGCGUUGUACUGA